AUGAGCAACGUAUUCUUCGAUGUUAGCGCGGGCGGUAGCCCAUUAGGCCGUAUUGUAUUCCAACUCGCGGACAAUGUCGUACCAAAGACAGCAAGAAACUUCCGUGAAUUGUGUACCGGCCAAAAUGGAUUUGGAUAUGCGGGAUCAGGAUUCCACAGAGUAAUCCCAUCAUUCAUGUUACAAGGUGGUGAUUUCACCAACCACAACGGCACUGGCGGUAAAUCCAUCUACGGCCAAAAGUUCGAGGACGAGAACUUCACGCUGAAGCACACCAAGCCAGGUCAAUUGUCAAUGGCUAACGCAGGUAAGAACACCAAUGGAUCUCAAUUCUUCAUCACCACCGUUCCUUGCUCUUGGUUGGACGGCGCUCACGUCGUCUUCGGUGAGGUCGUCGAGGGAUUGGACAUUGUCAAGAAGGUUGAAUCAUUGGGCUCUGGCUCUGGUAAGCCAAAGACUGAGAUCAAGAUUACCAACUCUGGCACUGUCUAA